AUGGCCCGCGGCGGGGCGGCCUGCUGGGGCGACGCGCGGCUGCUGAGGGGCCGGGACGCGCUGCGGGCCUCGCCCGCGCUGCUGGCCCCCGCCGUGCUGCUGGGCACCGCGCUCGGCCUCGGCCUCGGCCUCUGGCUCGGCUGCCGCGCCCGCCGGCGCCCCAGGCUCCAGAAAGAAGACACCCAGAACUUGCUCAAGAACUUGGAGUCCAACGUGCAGACCCCCUCGGACACUGACUCCCUGCCCAGGAGGAGGAGGAGAGAAGCCCCGGUGGAGACCGAGGAGGCGGCUCUGGAUGACGGCGAGCCUUCUGUCAACAGCAACGUCACAGCAUUUGCGCUGAAGGCCAAAGUGGUCUACCCCAUCAACCAGAAGUUCCGGCCUCUGGCCGACGGCUCCUCCAACCCGUCGCUGCACGAGACCCUGCAGCCGGCGGGGCUGCCCAACCAGCUGGGGGAGGCGUCCCCGUCCAGCAGCCUGGGGAGCUUGAGCCAGGCCGAGAAGGACGCCUGCAGCUCCUCGUCCAGCGUCCACUCGGCCGCCAGCGACAACGGCUUCCUCAGACGCACCUUCCUCCAGACCCCCGGCUUCCCCGAGACCCUGGCCUCUGAGAGUGUGGACCUUGACUUGUGUAUCUACAACCUUCACUUAAAAGACCUGCUUCGUCUGGACACGGCCCUGAGGCGGGAGAAGCACCUGAUGUUUAUUCAGAUUUUUAAAAUGUGCCUCCUUGACCUUCUUCCUAAAAAGAAAUCUGAUGACGAAUUAUAUCAGAAGAUUCUUUCGAAACAAGAAAAUGACUUGCAGGAAUUAGAGAAGGAACUUCAGGUCAAACUAUCAAACGCAGAGAGGCUGGGCGCUGGGGACUCCGAGUACAUCGCCCUGGCGGACGUGGAGAGGAGGGAGAGAGAGCGCGCCGAGCAGCUGGUGGAAAGUAUGGAAGCUUUCUGGAGACAGAUGGAAAACAUCCCGCACUGCCUCGUGGACCAGUUUAAGUGUUCCGCCGCCAAAGCCCGGCAGCUCCUGACGGCUCUGACGGAGAGGAUGGCCGCGGCCGAAGGGCUCCUCCGCGAAUCUCAGGACCUGCAGGCCCUGGACACGCUGGACAGGACGAUGGGGCGCCUGCUCAUGGCCAGGAUGGUCGAGACCCUGAAGCUGCAGAUCCAGGAGGAGACCAAGUGCCGCCUGGCCGCGCUGGCCCGCAGCCUGGAGCUGCUGAGCGUGGAGGGCAAGCUCUCUGGGCGGCAGAAGGAGGAACUGCUGACCCAGCAGCAGAAGGCCUUCUGGGGGGAGGCCGAGCGCUUCAGCCGGGAGUUUGUCCAGCGAGGCAAGGGCCUGGUCCAGGCGUCGCUGGCUCGUCAGGCAGAGGGGGCGGCGGAGCUCACGCAGGUGCAGAAAGAAGAGCAGAGGAGCUUCCUGGCCCGGGCACAGCCGCCCGCUGACCCAGAGGGCUUCCUCCAGGCCUUUCACGGGAUACUGGAGAGGCAGAGGCUGACGCAGGGUGACCUGGAGGAUGAUGAGAGUGUCAGAACCACCGAGGCCAUGGCUGCACUCUGCCAGGAGCUGUACCGCUGCACCAUGGACACCUUCCGGGGCUUCGCGGACCACCUGUUCCUCCAGACGCUGCCGGAUGUGACUGGCCUCCCCCGGGCCGAGUGUGAGUACCUGCGGGAGGAGGCCCAGGAGGACGCCGCCCGGCAGCUGGGCAAGUCGGAUCGCUUCCGGAAACAGCAGUGGAAGCUCUUCCAGGAUCUCCUGGAGCAAGAAAAGCAGGUAUGGAUGGAGGAGCAUGCUCUGUCCACUGUGCUUCAGACACACUUGUGGGAAGACCACGAAAGCAUUGUCCACCAAGUCCUGGGCCAACUCGGCAGCCUCAGUGAAGAGUCCACACGGUGCAUCCUGCAGGGGCAUGACCUGCUACUGCGCUCAGCCCUCCGGAGGUUGGCUCUCCGCGGCAGCUCCAUCACCACCCUGACCCAGAUGAGACUGUCCGGGAAGAAGGGCCUGCUCCAGGAGCUGCGUGAGCAGCACGCCCUGGAGGAGGGCUCCUCCCAGUGUCUGGAUGAGCAUCAGUGGCAGCUGCUCCGGGCCCUGGAGGCCCGCGUACUGGAGGAGGCCAGCAGGCUGGAGGAGGAGGCGCAGCAGACGCGGCUGCAGCUCCAGCAGCAGCUCCUGGCCGAGGCCCGAGAGGUGCAGCGGCUCCUGCAGCAGCGCAUGGAGUGUGCCAUCGGGCAGGCACUGCUGGGACACGCGCGAAACGCGGCCACCAGGAGCCGGGCCAGGGACAGAGAUGACUUCAAGAGAGUGCUGCUGGAGGCCGCGGUGGAGAGCGUGUACGUGACCAGCGACAGCGCAGGCCGGCUGGUGCAGGCCUACGCCCAGCAGGUGGGGAGGGUGAUGCGGGCCCACGAGGAGAGGACGCUGCGGCAUCUGAAGACCCUGCAGGGUGAGAGAAUGGAGAAUUACAAGCUGCAGAAAAAGCAAGACCUCAGCGACCCAGCAUCGGGGGGAGAGGUGGCAGGUGGAGCCCAGGAGUCCUGCAAAGCCGUGCCCCAGAGGAUGCUGGCGCAGCAAAAAAAGUUCCUGUCGCAGUUCACCGCACACCGGCGGGCGCGCCUGCACGCCUGGAAGCAGAAGGCCCGAGCCGCGGAGCAGCUGGAGGCCCAGCUGGAGACCCAGCUGCAGGAGGCUGAGCAGACCUUCAUCUCGGAGCUGGCCGCCUUGGCCCGGGUGCCCCUUGCAGAAAAUAAGCCGCUUUCCAGCAAGCGAGGCCCAUCAGAGAAGUCCCUAAGGCCCAAAAGAAAGAAAGCCCCGCCCCGGGAGAGAGGUGACCCCAGGGGGCCGGACGACGAAGACCCCGCCUCGGGGCCCCACCCCUCAGGAUCGCUCAGCAGCAAAAGGCCCGGCCAGCCGGACAGCGAGGCCAGCGGCAGCGAGAAGCCCAAGAAGAUGCUGAAGAAAAGAAGCAACUUGUAGGUUAGGGCCGGUCGGCACCGGGCCUGCCUGCCCGCUGCACCAGCAGGACCUGCCGCCUCCGGGGGUACUGGACUCGGGCCUCCGCCCGCCUCACAGGCUCGUGGGGGUGGAGAGAGGUUGGAAAGUGCCAGAGGGAAGCCUAGAUGACCGGGUUGGCUACUGCCUGAGGCCGAGUGCCCAGGGCUGGGUCUCUUGAAUUCAAGACGUGGCUUCACACCUCCUGCAGCUCUUCCUCCCGGCCCCUUGUGCCCCUGCCCCGAGUCCUGACGCCCCCCAACCUGCUUCCUGAGUGGCAGUUGCUUUGCUUCCGGGCUCGGCAGCCUCUGAACCCUGCUGGGCUCCUGGCCUGGGCCAAGGCCUCGGCUCUGCCACUCCCCCAGCCCCUCCUCGGCCUGCCCCGCGCCCCCCAGCCAUGUCCUCACAGGCCCGGCCCAUCUUGGCCUUUCCCAUCCCUGGACUCAGCCAGCAGCGGCCUGGCCCAGGGCGGGCCUCACCAUCCUGGGGUCUGAGGGCCGCCUACGUGCAGGCGCCCGGAGCCGUCUUAGGUGUGGGUCCCAGCACCCGACAAAGCGAGGCAGGGGCACUCGCGCUCCUGGUGCAGAAACCGGCUGUGUCUGCGCCUCUCAGCGCCCGAGCGCCGGCCCGUGGGGCAGCGGCAGCCACACGGCAAGGAAACAGGAGCGAGCCCUGCUGGGAAAACGGCGCCCGUGACUGCUGGGCACGAU